AUGGACGACAAAUCAAUCGACGAAACACUGCACAUCGACCAUGUUCCCGAUGCAGAAGCUAUUGCAACUCGCCAUCAGCAGCUCCUCCGCAAAAUUGACUGGCGCCUACUUCCAUUGUGCUCGUUCAUCUACUUGCUAAACUACCUCGAUCGAUCCAACAUCGGCAAUGCUAGACUGCUGAAUUCUGAAACCGGCGAUUCGCUCGAGCAACAAACCGGAAUGACUGAUACCUGGUAUUCACUAGCCCUUACACUUUUUGCCGUGGCAUACUCGCUGUUCGACGUGCCCUCCAACUGGAUCAUGAAACGCUAUGCUCGCCCGUCAUAUUGGCUGGGGGCGCUGAUGCUGUGCUGGGGCGCGGUAACCAUCGGAUUUGCAAAGGUGGACAACUUACCCACAGUCAUAGUGCUGCGCGUGUUGAUCGGAGUAUUCGAAGCGGGUUUCUUCCCUGGUAUGGUCUACCUCAUCACCUUCUGGUACCGCCAGGAAGAGCGCUCCAUCCGCAUUGCCUUUAUUCUAGCAACCGCGACGCUUGCCGGGGCCUUUGGAGGCUGCAUCGCCUACGGGGUUGCCUUUAUCAACGGAAAAGGCGGACUAGAGGGAUUCCGUUGGCUUUUUAUCAUUGAAGGAGCAGUAACGGUCCUCGUUGCUCCUUUUGUGGUUUUUGCGCUGCCGAACUACCCAUCGUCGUCGAAGUGGUUGACAAUUGAGGAACAGCGCUUUGCGGUUGAGCGGCUUGAGCAGGAUGGUGGCAUUCCUACUCGAGAUCGGGCGUCGAGAGAAGAGAUUCUUGAAACUGUGUGCAGUCGCCGGAUGCUCUUGCAUUACUUGGCUUAUUUCGCGAACAAUACCGUGAUGAGCUCCCUAUCCUACUUCAGUCCAACUAUCGUCAAGGGGUUAGGAUAUACCUCCAUCCAAGCACAGUUAAUGACCGUCCCCCCGUGGGCAGUCGGAUACGUGAUCUCCCUCCUCCUAGCCUGGUCCGCGGACCGUUUCAACGCGCGCGGCCUGCAUGUCUGUCUAGCAGGUGUGCUAACAGGUACCGGAUUCCUCGCCAGCCGCCUGCUACCAGCAGAGGCUUACCUCGCUCGGUAUGGAUGCCUCAUUGUUGCCUCAUGUGGUGCCUUCCCCAGUGCUGCGCCCCUGACGGCGUGGGUUACCUGUAACGCGCCCUCUACGAGGACAUUGGGGCUUGCGGCUGCACUGAAUAACUCCAUGGUUGGGUUGGCUUCGAUUCUGGCGUUGUGGGUUUGGAGUUCGGCAGAGGAGGAUCGCGGGUUUCCUACUGGGAAUACGGUGUGUGCGGUUGCUGGCUAUUGUACUGCUGGGCUUGCGCUGGUGUUGCAUUUUUUCUAUGUACGGGAGAAUAAGAGGGCUGGACGGGAUCAGAGGGCUUGGGCUCUUUGA